AUGGCAGGACGAAAAUCAGACAGAGGGGAAACUGUGAAGAUGUGCCCUCAGCAACGAGCUCGUUUACAAGCAUAUGAGGCGUCUAAAGAUGCGCAGAAAUGGAUGGCGGCGGCGGGAGCGCGCGCGCGCGUACAUCUGACUAAACAAAAAUUCGGCGGGACGUGCAACCCAUCUUCAGCGGCACCUGUAUCUGAUCGUCAGAAACAAAUUAUCGCUCAAUUAAAGGCCACAGAAGCGCGGAAUCGUGUCAGAAACCUGAGGCUGCGUUACGAACGCAUAAGGGCGCAGGAAAUCAGAGUGAUGAUUUCAUGCCAGCCUAGCGCGUGGAGAGCGCAGCGCCUGGAGCGCAUGCUAUCAGUGAAUGAGAAGGUGAACCACACAGACAAUUUGGACCCAGCAGAGAGACGGAGACUAGAGGAGAUUUUAGACGAUGAGAAGGGCCUGACUAUGCUCCGCAGAUGACUGAAGAAAAAAUAUUAUUUUCUGAGACCAUUAAAUGCUGAGUG